AUGGGAAAAUUUUUGUCUAUAUUUGCUUUAAUUGAUGAUCAAUUAGUUGAAAUAGAAGCUUUAGAACAAAAACGAAUAACAUUAGAACAUUUGUUUAUAUUUGCUGAAACAUGGAAACUAGCAUUUCAACGGCAAAAUGGUCAGCAGAUGAAUAGCAAAAAUUUAGCAAGAAGAAUUCAUGAACUUGCAUUAAAAACGAAUAUUUCUGUAUUAGACCCAUGUUUUCAAGUUUGGUCUUCAAUUGCUGAUAAUUAUGUAAGAUUUGGUGCAGAUGAAACAUGGUGUAAUAGAAUGUCCAAUGCAAUCAAAGAAUGGAUUGAAUUAGGUAUUAGAGAAGUAAUAGGAAAACGACGUAUGAAACAAUCAUCGUCUUUGACAGAAUUACGAACACAAAUUCCUGUUACUCUCACUUCAUAUGAUCAUCCAUCUCUUCGUCAAGGAACAAAGGAAAAGACUGUGACUGUUGAUAUGAGUGGUAUGUCUCUCUUAGAAGUUCUCUUACGACAGAGAAUAGCUACUAUUGGAAUACCGAUGAUGUCACUCUUGUUAGAACAAUCAUGUGGUCUCAAUUUAUCAUCAAUCGAUCCAUUAUUACGCCCUGCUAUAAAUAUAGCAGCCAUCAUGCCUUCAUUAGUCAAUGAAUUAGUUGGAAUGGGAAGAGAUUUAAGAGGAGAACCAAAUUUUUCAUUAAUUUAUCGGCAAAUGUUUAAUUGUUCAUUGCAACAAAGUAUUUAUUUUACCUUAACUUUACAUGAUUUAGCUAUGAAAACAUUUGAUCAAAAUAUCCAAAAGAUAUUGCAAUCUUUGAAAUCUCCUUCUUUACAACAUCAUGUCUCAAUUUAUAUGCAAUAUCUACGACUACUAAUUCGUGGUUUUGCCCAAUGGCAUCAUUAUUCAGAUCGAUUCAAAAAUCUUAUUGCAUUAGAUGAAACACAUAAACAAAUAUUAAUAUUUUCGAUUGCUGAUGGUCUAAAUCAACGUUAUGAUGCUCUUCAGGAUGCAUUAUUACAAUAUCAAUCGCAUAAAGUAAUACAUGAAAGUCUUUACUAA